AUGAGCUUGCCAGAGUCACGAGUCUUGGUCAUUAUCACCGGAGGCACGAUAUGCAUGCAGCCGUCGGCGAGCGGGCUGGUCCCCGUCGAGGGCUUCCUGGAGGCGGCCAUGGCGACGCGGCCGUCGUUCAACGACCAGAGCGAGCGGGUGCCGCUGAGCGCGAUGCAGAACGGCAAGAAAAAGGCGAUCCCGUCGCUGCGGACGCCGCCGACGUCGUACGGCAAGCACAUCCGGUACGGGGCGCUCGAGUUCGCGCCGCUGCUCGACUCGUCGAGCAUCAGCAACGAGGGCUGGGCGCAGAUCGCCAUCACCAUCCAGGAAAACUACCACCUCUUUGACGGCUUCGUGGUGCUGCACGGCACAGACUCGCUCGCCUACUCGGCCAGCGCCCUCUCCUUCAUGCUCGAGGACCUCGGCAAGCCCGUCGUGCUCACGGGUUCCCAGGCCAGCAUCUUUGCCCUCCAGUCCGACGCCGUCGACAACCUGCUCGGCAGCCUCAUUGUCGCCGGCACCUUUGUCAUCCCAGAGGUCUGCCUCUUCUUCCACCACACCCUCUUCCGCGGUAACCGCUCCACAAAGGUCUCGGCCUCGAGCUUCGACGCCUUUGCCUCGCCAAACUGCGAGCCCCUCGCCCGCGUCACCAGCCUCGGCGUCGACGUCAACUGGGCCCUCGUCCGCCGCCCGACAAAGAUUGCCCGCUUCGCCGUCACCAGCUACCUCGACACCGCCCACGUCGCCUGCAUCCGCAUCUUCCCCGGCAUCCUCCCCGAGAUGCUCGACUCGGUCCUCCGCGUCCCCACCCUCCGCGGCCUCGUCCUCGAGACCUUCGGCAUGGGCAACGCCCCCGCCGGCGUCGACGGCUCCCUCACCAAAGUCAUUGCCGACGCCGUCCGCGAGCGCGGCAUCGUCAUCGUCAACGUCUCCCAGUGCACCUCGGGCUUCGUCUCCCCCUUGUACGCCCCCGGCUUCGCCCUCGGCGAGGCCGGCGUCGUCUUUGGCCAGGACAUGACCUCCGAGGCCGCCCUCACCAAGCUCGGCUACCUCCUCGCCGCCUUCCCGCCCCUCAGCACCGACGAGAUCCGCAAGCGCAUGUCCAACAGCCUGCGCGGCGAGAUGACCGAGACAAAGGUCCCCGUCUUCUCCCACCCGGCCGGCGGUCUCGCCGCUGCCGCCGGCUUCGACUCGGACGACGAUCCGGCCACCGCGGCGCUGUACUCGUCCCUCCUCGAGCCCUCGGACCGUGCCUUCACCGCGCUCGGCUACGCCAUCAAGAAGGGCGACCUGGCCGCCGUCCGGAACCUGCUCGACCGCGACGAGGAAGCCCAGGCGCUCAUUGCCAGCAGCGGCCUGACCUCAGCCAGCCUCUCCCCCUCGUUGGCGACCUCAAACCUGGCCUCCUCCUCCGCUGCCGCGACCACAUCCACAUCCGGCGGCCGCCGCCGCCUGCUCGAGAAGGCAGACUACGCCGGCAACACGGUCGUCCACCUCGCCGCCGUCGGGCCCGAGAUCGGCGUGCUCAAGGAGCUCCUCACCCGCGGGGCCAGCAUCCACGUGCGCAACCGCGCCGACAACACCCCUCUCUUCAUGGCGCUGCUGGUCCGCAACAUUGACGCCGUCGCCCUGCUAAGGGAGGCGGGCGCCGAGGUCUGGGAGGGCGAGGAGGGCGGCAGGAGGCGGUGA